AUGGUUUGUGAAGUAGGACGGGUUUUGACAGCACAAUCUCCUAAAAUACUUCGAGGUAGAUACUUCGGUAGAUAUUUUGGUAGAUACUUCGGUAGAUAUUUUGGUAGAUACUUUGGUAGAUACUUUCGUAUAUAUUUCGUUAGAUACUUUGGUAAAUACUUCGGUAGAUACUUCGGUAGAUAUUUUGGUAGAUACUUCGGUAGAUACUUCCGUAUAUACUUCGUUAGAUACUUUGGUAAAUACUUCGGUAGAUACUUCGGUAGAUAUUUUGGUAGAUACUGCGGCAGAUACUUCGAUAGAUACUUCGGUAGAAACUUCGAUAGAUACUUUGGUAGAUAUUUCGGUAGAUACUUUGGUAGAUACUUCGGAUACUUCGGUAGAUACUUCGGUAGAUACUAUCCACUAAUAUAUUAA